AUGAAAGGAAAAAGCAGCUCGGCGAGUCCUCCAUCUGAACGAGUUGUCGUGGAGAGAAGGUUUGAAUUUUUCAAUAUUUUUUUCUAAUAUUUUUUUGUGACCUUUCAAUAUUUUUUUGAUGCUUGUCAUUAAAAUCCUGUUUUUUUGUUGAAAUCAGAAGAUUUCUUGAACUUUUUUGACCAUUUUUUUAGUAACUUGAACAUUUUUCCCAAGGAUUUUUUUGUAGUAUAUUUUUUUGGUCUUAAACUAAUUUUUUUCCUGGUUUCAGUUUGCAGUUUCUUGUCUUAAAAAUCUUUUUAUAAUCAUUACCAAUCUCCAAUUUUUGGAUUUUUAAAGUUUUGACAUGAUCGAAAUUUUCUUGAUGCUCUUUUUCAAGGAGAUUUUGCAAAAUACCCAAAAAUCAGAAUUCCGCGAGCUGUUAAAAAAGGGUUCUCCAACGAUAUAUCGCGAUAAGUAACUUUUAACAGUGACUUUUUGCGCGAACACCAAUUUUUAAACUUUUUAAACAAAUUUUCAAAUUUUGAAUGGGGAAUUUUGAACGAAAAAGUCAAGUUUGCGCUUGAAGGUCACCGUAAAAGGUUUCAUAUCGAGAUAUAUCGUUCUAGGACCCAUUUUUCUUUCGGAUUACUAAUUUCGCCUAUUUUCAACGAAAAACGUGCAAUUUUGGAAAACUCCUGACUUACUUUGAGCAUGGCACGAAUGCAUCUAUCCAUUUUUGUUUUUUCCAUGACUUUCCCGUUUCAGACUAACUUUUAAACCUCCUCAUUCUUUUUUGAAACGAUAAGAGUUUGCUAAGUCUUCGUUUUUUUUUUAGACGUCUCAAAUGAAUUUUUAGGCCAGGAACUUCGUCUGUCGAUCUUGUCGAUUCGAAUCAUUUCGAUGUGCCUGGCCCUUCUCGUUGUUCAGAAACGCCUUCAAGGUAUUAAAAAAACGAGCAGUACCUUAAAAAAACAAUAAUUAUUAGUUUUUUUAAUGGAUUCUGUUGAAACUCAAAUUUUUUGUUUCAUUUUGCAAUAUUACAAGUCCUAAUUUAUUUCUCUCUUGAUUUUUUCAGGCCAAAAAAAAAUUGAUACCCUCGAUAACUGGAAACUGCGCUCUAUUGAAAGGUUGUUCGCUAGAGCGCACUUGAUAGGAGAGAGUUAUAAAAUCACUAUUUUGAUAAUUUUCCCGGUGGUUUUUAGCUAUUUUACACCCGGAUGGUGAGGAACUCAUUUUAUUUUUUCUUAACUCUUUUUCUCCGAAAUUAAUGAAAUAAACAACUCUACGGUUUCCAACGAUAUUGAAUAUUAAUAGGAUGAUUUUUUUGGAUAUUUCAUCAUCGUUACGGAGUUAAUAAAAAGUGGGUUAAUCCAGAUGAGAAAUUUUUUCCGAGAAUAAGAAAAAAAUAAAUUAUUGAUAUUUUUGUAAGUAUUCAGGGUGUACCCGUGCUUUUUUAAGACCACUUGAGUCAGAUUCGGGCUGAACCGGGAGAAAAACGGGUUCAAGAAGUCAAAGAUGUCCCAACUGUGUUUAUUUCGAAAUAAUGAGACCCAGUGCUAAAGCGGUUUCUAAUCCGUGGUUACCAAUGCCAAAAAUUCUACUAGCUAUGCUUAUUCGGGUUUAAUACGGGCAUACCCGCUGAGAGCCCGCGUUAGCACGUCUAUUCAGCCCCCAUCAGCAUGGGAGUAGUUUCACGUGUUUUCCUCAGCGCGGCGAGUGGAUCGACGUCUCUUCUGUCGACGUCUUCGACGAGUGGAACCAGCCUCGCCAUGUGUUCAACGACGCUUUCCCCGCCGUCGCCCGGGUCGGCCAGCGCCCAGUCGACGCCUUCUUUGAGCGUUUCCACGAGGGUCGUCCACUCCACCAGCAUGCAGUUUGGUGAGUCAUUCGUUUUCUGAGCGUUUUAGCGUUUUUAUUAGAUUUUACACAGUGCAAAUGUAGAAUUCUAGGUUUUUUUGAGCUCAAUAGAGCCUCCCAAUGUUAUUAAAGUUGUGAUGGCUUAAAUAGUUUUGAACAGAUAAACUUGAAACUUUUCCACGGUUUUUUCGCAGUUUUCCGCACCAGAAGGUCACGUUUCACAAGGACAGCAGGAAAAAGGUUUCGUAAAAACUCUUUUUGGGGCUUCUGCUUUACGAAAAAACUAAUAAAAAGGUCUCGAAAAAGGUCUCGAAGCGAAUUUUAGUCAAAUUGGUAUAUGGUAUUUUUCCACAAAAAAAAGGGACAAGCUGGCGCGAAACGGUCACGUUUUAAAAGCACAUCAGGAAAGAAAGCUUCCCUUACCACAGCUUUUCAUGCAUUUCUGCUCUAAAAAACUGCAAAAAAAAGGCUGCGAAAAACAUAGACCUUGAAGUGAAGUUUGGUCAUAUUUGAGAUAAUUUUUUUGCACGAGAAAAGGGACUGACUCUAAAUUUCAUCUUUCUGCUUCAAAAGUUUGGAAAAAUAAUUUUCUUCAAACCUUUUCAAAGCUUUAUUGCAAAGUUAUCAGAGUUUUUUUCUUGAGUACGAGAUAAAAAAAUUAUCUUUCUGCGAUUUUCAGAGUUCUUUUUGGUCCCCCGUUUCAAGGUGAAAUCAAGUAGUAUUUUUUUUUCUUGCUGUGAUGAGAUGACUCUUCACACAAUAAAAAAAUUUUUUUAAAUUUCAUUGUCAUUGGAAAAAAAUUGUUAUUCUCUAAGUGUACCGAGUACUGUUUUUUUAGGAAAAGUUUUUUGAACAUCUAGAUAAUUUUAACGUAAAAUAAAAAGGGUUUUUCACUGUAAAAUUUUUCGAUUUAGAUUGUUUUUUUCCUCUGAAAGUAAAUAGAUAAUUCUCAUAAAGAGUAUAUAAUUGGCAGGUUCCACGAUAACAGCGCCAAAAUCCCCGAAAACGACACGUCUCGUACAUGCGAUUCCGCACAAAUGGCAUCGGUCGACAAAGUUCCGAUUCAGUGGAGACGCAGGUACUUGAAUCGGAAAACGUUUCAAAAUGAGUGAUCCUAUUCAGUUUGUCAUUUUUGUCAACGUCCGCUGGGAUUCGGGUUCUUGAACGCGUGGGAGAAGUGUCGGUCUUGCAGGUAUAGUUAUUCAUUUUUUGACGCGGAAAAACUAGAAGUAAAAAAAUCAGCAUGCUUGAAAAGGUGAUGAAAAGAUGAAAAAGCGUUAAAAUAAUUUUUAUAAAAAAAUGGCUGGUUUUAUUUAUUUUUUUAGUAAUUAAGGCACCAAUUUAAAAAAACUUUGAUUUUAAUUUUUUUAUGGGUUUAAACUUUGUUUUGGACCGCUACAAGCAUUUUGCAAAAAGUGUAUUUUCAAAUGUUUAACUUUAGUACGAAAUGAAUUUUCUUUUCGGAUCAGGUUUUAUCCACUGGAAUAAAGGGAUAAGAUUCCAUUUUUGAAACAAAGUUGAAAAAGGAACGUCAUUCACUUUUUGAAAUCUGAGUGCUCUUUUUUUCUUUUUUUGAGAGCUCCCAAAAAGUGAAUUUUGUUCGAUAAUGAUUAUAUUUCAAAAUGGGAAGUUCAAAAACUUCUUCAAAAACAUAUUUUCAAAACUUGAAUUUCAAAAUAGAAUACGAAAUUUUCUUGCUCGAGUUCUAAAAGAAUAGAUGAAAUAAAUAGCCUUGAUUUUUUUUUCAGAACACUUUCUCGAAAAAAUCGAAAAAAGGUUUGUCGCCUAGUAAUGAAUAUAUUUUGAGAUGGAAAGUUCACACGCAGUGCAAAAGUCGGGUCGGCGAUUCUUGUGGCCUGACACCGGAACAUUUGAGAUUUCUGUUCGACAAACUCAUCAAGGAGAACAACGGGGUUCGUCUUAAUUAAUUCUUCCGUUUGUCUUUUUUCCCGCCAAUAGAGGACGUCUAUCAUUGCACUGCUUUCUGUUUAGAAUUUUUUUCAGUUUUAUUUAUUUAAUUUGCCAUUUUUGAUUUGAUUCCUUUCAUAACGUGAUUAAAAUCAGAUUAAAAUGUAAUACAGUGGGAAAUUAUUUCCCGUCAUUUUCCUGAAGAUAGAUUUCAGAUUUUCGGAGUUGAUUUUUGAAAAUUAUUCAGGAAAGAGUCGUUGGAAACAGUUUUGAAAAGUUUUAGGCGAUUUUUUUUUAGCGAAUUCUCAAAAUUUUCACAAGAAAAGAAAGUAUCAAUAGUAGAAAGUUGCUUUGUGGGAGUCCUAAUGAAGAAACUGAACGAAAUUGUUUCGAACUAAUCAAAAAAAUGAAUUCCUAAUGACGCGCGAUGAAUGAAGGGAAGAAAAAUUCUCGCGAGACUCUUUUUUUCAUAUAUGUCUUCUUGCGGGAUUUUUUUCCUUUAUCGUCAAAGGUUUCUCUGCCAAAAAAUUAUUAAAGGGAUUUAUCAAAUAUUGGUGAUCUUUUAUAAUGAAAUGAAAUGAAAAUGAAAAAGCUGAAAUCUUGAUCUUUUGAAAAUAAAAUACAAAGCGGAUACAAUAAACUUUGAAAAAAAUUCAAAAGAAAAAUCGAAAAAUUUCCAUUGAUGACUCGAUUUUUAUGAUCCAAAACACUAUUUUUAACACAAAAAUAAAAAAAAAUCUCAUUGUUUCCCUAGAAAUCCUCAAAAAGAUGUGUAAAACUCAGUUUCAGGCAGUAAUUGAUUUUCAUUAAUACUUCACAGUUUUCAAUACUAUGAAUUCCAGAAUUGUUUUUUCAUCAAGAGAAGAAAGUUCUUAGAGUAUCAACCUGAUUUCAAGAAAUUAACGCUCAAAGCCCCAAAUCAGCCUGUUUUAACGGAUUUCGACAUUUCCCCAGGAUUUGGUGUGUCUUUUCUCAAAAACUAGGAAUUUUCGAGAGUUGAGACUUUCAGAAUCUUCAUCUGGUACAUCAAAGACUGUUCUGCGCGAUUUAUAGGUUAUCAACGGCAGAAUUUAUUGAUCUUCCUUGUUAACAAAAUCCUUCUAAUAUUUAUCACUGAGUUUCAUCUUUCCAGGGAAUGUGGGGAGAUCCUCAGUCGGCGGCGCCGUUGCCCAGCUCGAGGUCGAUGAACGAGACGGCGUUCCAGUACCCGGACGCCUCCAUCGACUCGUCUUCCUCCACCAACAGCUCCGCUCCUUCGACCCCCGCCUUGCCUCUGGGUUAGCUCCAAUCAAAUCAAAUUUGCUGGAGGAACGAGAACACGAGCUCUUUUUAACCUCAUUUUUCGGAAAAUAACUCGUUUAUGCUUGCGAAACGAGUUGUAGUGCAAGAGAAUUUGAUUGGAAAAGAUCCAAAAUCGAUCAUAUUUUCGAGGCGUCACUUUUAUGAGUUGUUCUCGAGUCCUUUUGUUCGAAUCUAAAUCAGAAAAGCUCUUGUCAAUUUUUGUACAUGAUUGGAUUUUGAGAAAUUCAAAAUAGCGGUCAGAGAGUGAAAAAUAUAACUACAUUUUUAGCGAGUCAGGUAUAAUUUUGCAAUUACUUCGAACACAAGAUGAAGACGGAUUUUUGAACCUUUUUCUCGUUUCUUUUUUUCCAAGACAGUUCUUUAGAACUGUAUAUGACACCUUUGGCUUUAGAAAGACAUUUUCGAUACCAAAUUCUAGAAAUAUAUAUGAUUUCGAGAUUAUAUACCUUCAAAAAUAGCGUUUUGUUGCUUCGUAUGUACUUUACAAGCUGGGUGGAAAAUUUGAAUGUUCUAUAGUCCGUUCAGAUUUUGAAUGUCAAGUAGAAUGACGUCAUUCGAAAAUGAUCUGUGGAUGGCUCGCUCUCUGAUUGGUUUAUCGAAUCAUUAGGGGCGGAGCUUGAGCGACGACUUGACAUUUUGAAUCUGAACAGACUUAAUUCAAAGCAAAAAAAAACCAAUCGGAGUUUAAAAAUGAAUAUUUUUUUGUUGGAAUCGUUUCGCGUAGUAAUUAUUUUUUUGCGGAAGUUUAUUUUUUUCAUUUUCACAAAGAUCUCCUUUUACAAGUUUCGAAACUAUGAAUCAAUUUUUUUGCUCAGGAUUCAGUAAAAAAUUCUUACCAGUCUUUUUUGGAAUUUACUUAUUUGGGAGGUUCAAUUGUACCUUCCUUCUAAUAAUAACUAUCUUAAUCUGUUUUUUUUUUCAAAGGUUUUUGAUCCUUGUUUCGGAAAUUUAAAGAUAUCCAAAGGAAUAUUUGAUUAAUAGACUAGUGAAAAAAGAAUAGAUUUAUUUUGGAGUUUUUCUAUUUUUAGGUGUGGCCAGCAGUCCCUACAAUCCCUUGACGGCUCCAUAUCGAACCGACAAUCGCAAGUUUUUCUUCCCCGAUGCGUCGGGAGAACAACUCAACAUCCUUCCUACUGUUGUCAUAAGGUUCCUCUGAAAAUAUCAGAAUCUAACCAGUAAUUCUUGAUUUUGCAGUGCGGGUGAAACGGCGGGCGACAUGGCCGCCAUCGAAGACGCGGGUGAAGGAAGGAUCGGCGAGGGAAGUGAAGGAACUUUGAUCCUUGUGGAUUCUUCUGGAAGCGGGGUAAGUGAAGGGCGGGAUUUGUGGAGAGAAAAAUAUUGAAUUAUCUUUUUUGUGAAAUCAAAUAUAAGAUGAUUUUCAGACGGACAGUGGUGAUGCCAAUUCAAAAUCGCCGGAUCUUAGAACGGGCCAUAAUUGGGACCGAAACACCUGGAAUAUGAGCACCAUCCGAGGUCCUAAUGCUCAGGUUUCAUUGGAAAAAGGAUUAACCAUAAAUUUCCCCAAUUUUCAGGCCAGUUGGAACGAAGUCACGAUUCCUUUUCAAAAGAUUGAACUCAACAAGAAAAUUGGCAAUGGUCGAUUUGGAGAGGUUUUUCAAUUUUUCAAUUGAAAUUUAAGAUAAUGACAUUUUUAAAGGUUCUGCAAGGCUAUUAUUUUGGCGACGUUGCUGUGAAAAUGCUUGAUAUGGACCAUAUCGAGGAGAAUAAACGGCUGGACGAGUUCAAGACCGAAGUUUCCGGUCACAAGGUUUGUUUCAGUAGAAAAAUUAUAAAAAGGGGUAAAAAAUUAGUUUUAAUCAAGGGAGGUUCACAUUUUAUUUCACUUAAAUUCCUUUUUUGAACGUAAUUUUUCGGUUUCGUUUCACAUUUAAAUUCUGUUUUUCGAGAUUAUAAUGUUUCUUCAUUUCCAUGUGAAAAAAUGUUUUGAUAACAUACGUUUUCUCUCAAUAUUUUCGUCAAGUCGUUUGGCGAAUUUUGCGAAUCGUUGAAUGUGUUAUAUACUUACUUCUCCCCCAUAUUUAUGUUUUAAGACCUCUCAAAGUCAAUUUUCAGAACACUCGACACGACAACAUCGUACUGUUCCUCGGCUUCUGCAUCGACGAUGGAAAUUUCGGGAUCGUGAUGAGUUUGUGUCGUGGGCGGAGUCUUUUUUCCCUGAUCCAUGAACAUCGGGAACGGAUCGACAUGGCCACCGUGCUGUCGAUCGCCCAGCAGAUUUGUCAGGUUUGAUUUUUUCUGGAAAAAGAAGGAAACGUUUUUCUUAUGAAGCGGCCUACUACCGUUCUAGGGAAGUACGAAAAGCUAUAUAAAAUCUUUUUCCUCAAGCACCGGGUGUUCCUUCUCUAUUUUUUUCGUUUUUUUUAUUCAUUCAAGCUAAUUUUUGAUUUAUUUAAAUCUAGAUUCCAAGUAAUGACUUCAGUUUUGCAGCUUCAUACAACAUUCCUUGAAGAGGAAGCCAAAGCCUUAGAAACACAAGCAAAAUGAUUAUUUAAUAACAAAAUGUUUAGAUAAAAAAAUCACUGACAGAGAAAAAAAUAAGAAAGGAGGUACUUGAAAGAGUUCAGAUUUAAAGGUGGAGUUCAAAAAUUUUUUUCAUAUUUUUUUCAAGUUUCCUAAUGAAAAAAAUAAAUGAAUGAAAUCACUCGAACUUUUUAUUUUUUUCCAAAGAAAUCUCUUAUUUGCGAAGAAUUUAUUAACUUCAGCUUUCGUAAAAUGAGAAGUUUCUUUUUAACCAGCCUUUUUUCAAAUUUAAAAACGCAUCAUUCCAGGGCGUCUCUUACCUUCACACCAAGAAGAUCCUCCAUAAAGAUCUUCGAUCUAAAAACGUCUUCCUUGAGAGCAAAAACAAAGUAGUCAUCACGGACUUUGGCAUUUUCAGUAUGAAACGGCUGAGAGUCCCUAAAGUGUGAGUGAAGACUCCAAAAAAGGAAUAUUCACUCAGAAAAUUCCAGUCAACACGGUUUCAUGGUCCCCUCGUUUUGGUUGAGUUACCUGGCGCCGGAGUUGGUCCGAGCCAUCACACCGCAAUUCGAUGAAUUGCCCUUUUCGGAGAGUUCUGACGUCUUUUCUUUUGGGUGAGUUUUGAAAGGGAAUGGCUGUUCAAUGUCGCAAAUUCAUUACGAAAAAGGAAGAAGUUUAACGUUUAUUUCUCAAAAAAAUAUUUGAAAUCAAAAAUUGAGUGUUUUUGCCCUAUUUUUGGAUUUUUUUUUUUCAAAUUUAUGUUUCUUGUUAUCAUACUGUAUGACCAAGCAGAUAACUAGUUAAAUAUCAUAAUUUCAAAAAUAUAUUGCUCCGUGAGUUCUACACGACUUCCAGUUUAGAUAUUAUUGUCGAAAAGGAAGAUUCAUCAUUUUAAGCCAACAAUAUCAAGCCUUAAAGAACGCUAUUAAAUUGGAUUUUGAUAAGAAAUUUUUGUAAAAAACUUGAAACUGUCGCAUUUUUAUCAAUUUCCAUUACGUCGCUUUGGCGGUGAAAAAUACGAAUUUUUUUCUCGUUUUUUGUUUUAUUUUCGAUUUAUCUGAGUUUCCAACACGGAAGUAAAUCAACAAGUAGCUUUUAAAAUGAAUAAUCGUUUAAAAUUUGAAUUUUUUCUAGUUCUUAAAGGCUCUAUGGUUAUCGAAUAUCCCUUUUUUAGAACGAUUUGGUACGAAUUGGUGACGGGAAGCCUUCCCAUGCAAAAGGAACCCUGGCAAAGAACCCUUUGGAUGGUCGGCCAGGGACUGAAAGCCGCGUUUCGGAACGUUGACAUUCCUCGCGAUAUGAAGGUUUGUUGGGAAGACUGAAAGAGGUUCUUGGUCGCAAUUGGAAUGACUCGGUUUGUUUCCAAAAAACGUCGGACUAGAAAUGGGUUGCCGGAAAAUAUUAUUGCUAGCUGCAAGAUUUCAAGUCUGAUGUAAGUUUUCAUGCGACCGCAACGCUUUGAGCCAUUCCAAAUGCGGCCACGGCUUUUAAAAGGGAGAAUAAUUUUCAUUUUAAUCUUUGAAUUAUUUUUUAUCAAUGAAUACGAAAAAUAUAGUUAACUUUGAAACUCGUUUUGCGUUUUCCAAUCCGAUUUUGAACCUUCAAUUUUUGUCAGAAAUCUGAUACUAUCAUUUCUGAGGUUUUAAAAAUAACUGUGAAUUUUUCUCAUUUCAGGACAUCAUUUCUCGAUGCUGCAACGCAAAAUCAACGGAACGGCCCUCGUUCAGCGACAUCCAGAACCUUUUGGCGACUUUUCCGAAGCCCCGCGUCGACCGAAGUCCUUCCUUCCCGAUGUUACGAAGUCACGAGUCCAAAUUUUGA